AUGGCCGGAGGUGGCGGCGGCGGCGGGGGCCAGAAGCAGGACGACCUGACACCGCACCCAGUCAAGGACCAGCUCCCGGGGGUCUCCUACUGCAUCACCAGCCCACCUCCAUGGCCGGAGGCCAUUCUCCUUGGGUUUCAACACUAUCUGGUCAUGCUGGGAACUACUGUUAUCAUACCUACUGCACUCGUUCCACAGAUGGGAGGAAACAAUGAGGACAAGGCAGUUGUCAUCCAGACAUUGCUGUUUGUGGCUGGAAUCAACACCCUUCUGCAGAGUUUCUUCGGUACCAGAUUGCCUGCGGUGAUUGGUGGAUCGUUCACGUUUGUUUUGCCUACCAUCUCGAUCAUCCUUGCAGGACGUUACGCCAAUGAACCAGAUCCGCAUACAAAAUUCCUCAAAAUCAUGCGUGGAACACAAGGUGCUUUGAUUGUUGCCUCUGCACUACAGAUCAUAGUUGGCUUCAGUGGCCUUUGGCGUAAUGUUGCAAGGUAUCUGAGUCCAUUGUCAGCUGCUCCUCUGAUAGCACUAGUUGGAUUUGGACUCUAUGAGCUGGGUUUUCCAUCGGUUGCUAAGUGUGUUGAGAUUGGUCUGCCCGAAUUAAUCCUCCUGGUGAUCUUUGCGAUGUACCUGCCACAUGCUGUACACAUGAUGAGGUCCAUCUUCGACCGAUUUGCUGUUCUGUUCACUAUUCCCAUAGUGUGGCUCUAUGCGUAUCUGCUGACAGUCGGAGGAGCAUACAGGAAUGCAGCACCAAAGACCCAAUUUCAUUGCCGCACUGACCGUUCUGGACUAAUUGGUGGUGCACCAUGGAUAAGAGUGCCAUAUCCCUUUCAGUGGGGUGCUCCAACGUUUGAUGCUGGUGAAGCUUUUGCAAUGAUGGCUGCCUCAUUUGUUGCUCUUGUGGAGUCUACUGGUACCUUCAUUGCUGUUUCAAGAUUUGCAAGUGCCACACCUCUCCCGCCCUCUGUACUUAGCCGUGGUGUUGGUUGGCAGGGUGUUGGUAUCCUUCUGGAUGGGCUAUUUGGGACUGGAAAUGGGUCUUCUGUAUCAAUUGAAAAUGCCGGGUUGCUAGCCUUGACACGCGUUGGUAGCCGAAGAGUUGUGCAGAUAUCAGCUGGUUUUAUGAUAUUCUUCUCUAUUCUUGGAAAAUUUGGAGCUGUCUUUGCAUCAAUACCUGCACCAAUCUUUGCUGCUCUCUAUUGCGUGUUCUUUGCAUACGUUGGUUCUGCUGGGCUUGGUUUCCUUCAGUUCUGCAACCUCAAUAGCUUCAGAACCAAGUUCAUCCUGGGGUUCUCACUGUUCCUGGGCCUUUCAAUUCCUCAGUAUUUCAAUGAGUACACAUCCGUUGCUGGUUUUGGCCCUGUUCACACCCGCGCAAGAUGGUUCAAUGACAUGGUGAACGUGCUCUUCUCAUCAAAGGCUUUUGUUGGUGGCAUUGUUGCAUACGUGCUGGACAACACCCUUCACAGGCAUGAGGCUACUGUCAGGAAAGACCGUGGGUAUCACUGGUGGGAUAAGUUCAGGUCAUACAGGACCGACACAAGGAGCGAGGAGUUCUAUUCCCUGCCAUUCAACCUGAACAAGUUCUUCCCCUCGGUUUGAGCAUACUGUGAUUAAUGCAAGACGCUAAGGUUACCUGUACUGUCUGUCCAUCCCUACCUAUCUGGAACAGCCAAACCAUUGGGCUCGGUAGCAAGGUGCAAAUCCAAUGGUACAAACAUAGUGUUUCGGUGCCUCGCUAAAACCAUCGUCCUAUGUUAGGCCAGUGCUGUAUAUUCAGUAC